AUGUACUCAAAAACUCUCCUGGCGGUUUGCGUUUGUAUCUCGCUCCAAUCUGCUGCUGAGGAAGUCGGGGAAAAACUUCGUGCCGACCUGCGCUCUCUUAGUUCCGUAUACGGCAAAGCGCUGGAGAGUCUCGCGGAGCAGAACUGGUCUGACAGUGUCCGCUUCCUGGAGCUGAGCGUGCGCCUCCAUCGCGUAAUCUCGCGCAGCGUUGCCUUCUGCUCUCAGAGUUGCGGUGCGAAUAGCGCAAACGAGCCGGAACCUUCACACGGGCUCACUGACGACCUCACUGACGACCUCCGUGUCUACUGGCGCGUGCUACAGCGUGCGUCCUGUGUGAAGAGGUGUCGAGCUCGAUUCCCGGAGCUCGACUUCAGCGCUCCCGGGAAAGAAAUCCUCCGGGACUUCGAGAGGCGAGUUCCUUACAAAUACCUGAACGUGGCGUAUGGGCAGCUGAAUGAUACCCAGAGAGCAGCAUCAGCAGCACACACCUACCUGCAGCGUAACCCUGGAGACGUCGCCAUGGCAGCCAUUCUGAGUCGCUAUAGAAACGUUGUGGAACUGGAGGAGGAGCCAGAGGAUCUGGAAGAGCGGCCAUAUGAGACAGUGUUCCUUCAGGCCGUAUUCCUGUUUAAUGGAGGGGAGUUCCGUCGCAGUGUGUCUCUGAUGGAGGAGGCGUUGCUAGGAUACAUGCAGGAGUUUGAGCUCUGCAGCGCGGCCUGCAUCUACACGGAGGUGUUGCAGUGUAAGCUGAACUGUGAGGAGGCCCUGACGCCCACAGUGGGAGGAGUCACAGUACAGAAGUUCCUGGCCACCAUGUACCACUAUCUUCAGUUCUCUUAUUAUAAGAUGGAGGAUGUUGGUAGUGCAGUGCCAUGUGCUGCCAGCGUUCUGCUUUUUGACCCAGAGGACACAGUGAUGAAGGACAAUAUGCAGGUCUACCUCACUCACCAGGAGGCAUGGGGCCUACAGCAACACCACUACACAGCCAGACCA